AUGAAAUCGCAUUCAUUCGUUGUUGUUGAAGAACCGGUUUCGUUUAUCAUCACUUUCGCCUUUCUCGUCAUUGCAUCGAUCGCUACCGUAUCGGCAUCCAUAAUUGCUCCUACACCUGCCGCGGCAUUGGAAAAAAGACAAGCUUCUUCCGGUUCUUCUGCUUCUGGAUCGGGACCAGGUCAAUUUUCAAUUGGAAGUCUAGACCCAAGCUUAUCAUCUCUUUUCUCACAAAGGCUACAAUCAGCUUCUUCGAUCGCAGCUUCACAUUCGACAAUCGCAUUCACCAGUGUUUCCAGCUCAGCUUGUCCACAAGGAGGACAAUUACCAAAUGGAGAAUGUUGCACAUCCGGAACGGUGAUUGCCGGAAAAUGCUUCCAAGGCACAUCAUCAUCAUCUAGCACAGCCCCUGCUCAAACUACAACACAAAGGCAAGGUGAUGCUGCUACAUCUUUACGAUUCAACAUGUCCAACGCUUUACUAGUCUCCCUUUUCUCCGCUUUCUUCUUGGGAUUCGCACUCAUUCUUGCUUAA